CAGACACAGAUACAGGCACAGGCACAGGCACAGGCACAGGCACAGGCACAGGCACAGGCACAGGCACAGGCACAGGCACAGGCACAGGCGGACUCAGCAACGGCCACCACCAACACUGCCGGACAGCCUGGCGACAGCGAAGAGAGCAAGUCGAGCAGGCCUCGCCGGCGCUUUGUUGGCCGGGGGAGAAAGGCCCAUCCGCAGGACACCCCGACAGAAAUAUCCAUCGAGGACUCACUUGCAGUUGCCGAGCGCAAGGAUGGCGGCAACGGCCAGAACGCUGGCAGCGGACCCAGGUACCACGAGAGUGCCAACCAGGUGCCGGCAGACAUUCUCGACAACGCGCUGCUGAAUCAGGCCGUCAGCCUGCUGCCCAACAACUACAACUUUGAGCUGCACAAGACGAUCUGGCAGAUCAGACGGCUGUCGGCCACCCGCGUGGCGCUGCAGUUCCCCGAGGGCCUGAUGAUCUUUGCGUGCACAAUCUCGGAUAUCCUCGAAACAUUUGGCGGCGUCGAGGUAGUGAUCAUGGGCGACGUGACGUAUGGCGCCUGCUGCGUCGACGACUUUACCGCUGUGGCCCUCGGCUGCGACUUUAUGGUGCACUACGGCCACAGCUGCCUGGUGCCGGUCAACGUGACGACGAUCAAGACCAUGUAUGUGUUUGUCGACAUUGGCAUUGACACCGAGCACUUUGUGCGCACGGUCGAGAAGAACUUUGAGCCCGGCACGCGCAUUGCGCUGGUGGGCGUGAUCCAGUUUGUCACUGCGCUGCAGACAUGCAGGCACGUGUUGAGCGAGAAGUACGUGGUGACCAUCCCGCAGGCAAAGCCCCUGUCGCCAGGCGAGCUGCUGGGCUGCACAUCGCCGCGGCUGAAUGACAUUGACGUGAUUGUGUACCUGGGCGACGGCCGCUUCCAUCUUGAGUCGAUCAUGAUCCACAACCCGAGCAUCCCGGCGUACGCGUACGACCCGUACAGCAAGAAGUUCACGCGCGAGCGCUACAGCCACGACGAGAUGCACUCGCUCAGGCAGGGUGCCAUUGCGAGUGCCAGGAAGGCGCGCAAGUUCGGGCUGAUCCUGGGCACGCUGGGCCGGCAGGGCAACCCGAAGGUGCUGGAGGAGCUGCAGGAGCGGCUAGUCAAGCGCGGCAUUGCCUUUGAAAUCGUGCUGCUGUCCGAGAUUUUCCCGCAAAAGUUGGCGCAGUUUCCCGACGUCGACUGCUGGGUGCAGAUUGCCUGCCCUCGGUUGUCGAUCGACUGGGGAUACGCGUUCCCCAAGCCGCUGCUGACGCCGUACGAGGCCAACGUGGCUUUGGAUGCGACCGAGUGGCAGGACGUGUACCCGAUGGACUUUUAUGCGUUCGAGUCGCUGGGCCCAUGGACGCCCAACUACUUUAGCACGAUGGCGAUCAAGCAGAGAGAGCGGCAGGCCAAGAAGGAGCUGAAGGAGAAAGCAGAAGUGGCGCUGGUCGCAGAGGCGCUUACCAAGGAGUGCGCUGUGUAGUAUUGAUGCCUUUAUUUCUCAGCUAUUUAUGUGUGUGUUUGUGCGGCCAAGCCCAAUGAUAUUACUGCGACUGCUCAAUUGCUAGCAACAAAGAACAUUUAAAUACAGGCAUGUUGUGAAUAUUGAAAUGCAGCUAAAAAAAACACUG